CCCUGCUCCUCAGCAAAACCCUCCACUCCUGAAACCAUGUCUUACUACGGAAACUACUAUGGUGGCCUCGGCUGUGGCUAUGGUGGCUGUGGCUAUGGUGGCUGUGGCUAUGGCGGCUGGGGUUAUGGUGGCUACGGAUGUGGCUAUGGUGGCCUGGGCUGUGGCUAUGGCGGCUGGGGCUAUGGCGGCAAUGGAUGUGGCCACAAUGGUGUGGGCUAUGCCUGUGGUGGUUAUGGAUAUGGCGUCAACCGCCCAUCUUGCUGCAGAAGAUGCUGGUCCUGUGGACUCUACUGAGAAGCUUCCAGAGAAACUCAACCUACUGUUCUCCUCCAGCUGCCUGAAUCUGCCUCCAUGAUUCUUCCUAUGAAUAAUUCCAUUUUUUAUUCCAA